AUGCGAGGCUUGGUUUGCUUUGGCACCUCUGGGCGUGGCCAGUGUGACGUGCCACAUGCCAGUGUCACUGGCUACAGGGCUUAUCACUCCGUGGCCUGCGGCCAUCUACACACGUGUGCAUCCACCGUGACGGGGCAAGUGGUGUGCUUCGGAGACGAGAGUUUCGGUCAAUGUGCGGUUCCGCCGCAUGUGCGGGGCAUUUCAGCGAUGGCUUGUGGCUUUGGCCACACCUGUGUGUUGGAUGCUCAAGGCCAGCUCCAUUGCUUUGGAGACAACCUCUACGGUCAAUGCCAAAUGCCCAUCGAGUUGGCCUCUACCACAGUGGUCGCACUCGCCGCUGGCUUCCGACACAGCUGUGCCGUGACUGCGCAGGGAGCGCUCGGCAGCACCGGGACGUCGGGACCCGUGGGGACAGGCAGAGGCCAAUGUUCUGUGCCGCGCUCCUUGGACAAAGUGAGGCGUGUGGCGGCCGGUGACUUCCACACCUGUGCGAUCACGGCUGAUGGGAAACUCCAUUGCUUCGGCUCCAACGACCACGGCCAGUGCAGCGUGCCGAGUGAUGUGGAGCAUGUCAUCGCACGGUGGGAACAGACCUACAAGGAGGCGGUGGCUGCCGGGUCCAACUUCACCGUGGCCUUCCUGUACAACGGCACUGCCUGGUCUGGUGGUUCUUGGGGUCAUGGCCAGACGGAGCUCCCAGAGGAGAUCCGCCCAGAGGCCGGGACGUUCGGCCUUGUGAGAAGUGAAGCGAAGUAG